AUGAAUUUCUUAAUUGAUUUUUUAGAAUUUCCACCUCGUGAAAUUAUCGAUUCAAAAGCUCAACAACAUGUAUCGGUUCCCGUCGAGGAUCAUUCUAGCAUGUUAGAUAAUUCAGAUCAUACAUCUUCCUCCAUUGAUGCAACUCCAUCCAAUUUUCUUUGGAAACGUAGUAAAUUAGAUCGUUUGAUAGAUUCAACUGGUGAUGGAAGUGGAAGUUCUGGCAGUAAAGUUCGUCGAUGUGGGCAAUUUUUGAUGAUGAAAGAAUUGGUGCAUUUCUUUUGCGAUAGUGCACUUCUAAGUCGAACUCAUUCUCAACCCGGAUCUACGAAUAUUUUCACGGGU